GUCCCUCUCCCUUCCUCUGUCUCUCUGUCUUUUUGCUUUUGCUUUUCCUUUCCUCCCUAUUAGCCUCUGCAAUGGUUCUUCUUUCUUGUCGAUCAUCUUCUUCUUCUUCUUCUUCUUGUUCAUUUGGGUCAUGUUUAACAAUUCUAUGUCUUCUUUUGGUUCAAUCCCACAUAGCGUUCUCAGCUAUUCUGAUGAGCUUGAAAAACCACCAUAACAACCACCAACACAAUCGACCGAUGAUCCGAGCCAACCAGAGCACCUGUGCAUUGUUUGCCGGCAAUUGGGUUCGUGACGACACAUACCCAAUGUACCAAUCUUCUAACUGUCCAACAAUCAUAGACUCCGAGUUCAACUGCCAAAUGUUUGGUCGGCCGGAUUCCGAUUACCUUAAAUAUCGAUGGAAGCCCCUCAACUGUGAGCUCCCAAGGUUCAAUGGGGUAGAGUUUUUGCUGAGAAUGAAAGGGAAGACUGUGAUGUUUGUUGGUGACUCGCUUGGACGGAAUCAAUGGGAGUCCUUGAUUUGCAUGAUUCAAACUGCAGCGCCUACAACCCAAACGCAAUUAGUCAGAGGCGAUCCUCUCUCAACCUUCAAGUUCUUGGACUAUGGCGUGUCCAUAUCCUUUUACAGAGCACCAUAUCUAGUCGACAUUGAGAUGUUUCAAGGAAAGAGGGUUCUAAGGCUGGAGGAGAUAUCUGGCAAUGGCAAAGCGUGGGGGGGCGUUGAUGUGCUAUCUUUUAACACCGGCCACUGGUGGACUCACAAAGGAUCUCUCCAAGGGUGGGAUUACAUGGAAUCAGGAGGGAAGUACUACCAAGACAUGGAUCGGUUGGCUGCCUUGGACAAGGGACUUAGGACAUGGGCCAAUUGGGUUGAUAACAACAUUGACAGCAGCAAAACCAGAGUCUUCUUUCUGUCCAUCUCUCCCACACACUACAACCCAAGUGAAUGGAAUGCGGGCGCAACGACAACAACAUCAAAGAAUUGUUAUGGCGAAACGGCACCAAUGAGUGGAACAACAUACUCAGCAGGCACAUACCCUGACCAAAUGAGGGUGGUGGAUACAGUGCUAAGGGAAAUGCAGAGCCCUACAUAUUUGUUGGACAUAACCAUGCUAUCGGAGCUAAGGAAAGACGGCCACCCUUCCAUCUAUAGCGGCGAUUUGAGCCCUGAGCAGCGGGCUAACCCCGCCCGGUCUGCAGAUUGUAGCCAUUGGUGCCUUCCUGGAUUGCCUGACACUUGGAACCAAUUAUUCUAUACGACUUUGUUCUCUUAAAUUUGGAUUGUUCAAUACUAGCUAGUCUAAUGGUUUUUUAAAUUUUGUGAUAUGUUUGAUGAGAGAGUUGCAAAGGUGCACCUCUUUCUCAUGUAAAGAAAUGCAUAUUGUUGGGAAUCAAGAAAUAAGGCCACUUAUUUCAUUGUUUGGAUAUUCUAACUUAAAGAUCUUUCAAUUGCUUAUCAAAUGAUAGCUUAAUCGGUUGAAAAUUAUGUUGUAAGAA